GUCAAACAACACGCUGUUGCCGUCCUAAGCUGACUCUAUGCUACGUUUUUUUAAAGACUUUUGGGCAAAAUAUGGAGGAAAAAUGUGUGUAAAAGCAGUGUAUAAUAUGGUGACUCUCCUGUUCUCUUUAAGAAUGUUGUUACUGACUUUUGCCAAGAAGUAGGCAUGAGUGGCACAUCACCUAACCAACCAAUAUACUGUGAGUUGUCUCCACUGCUUAAUACCCAAAAUCCAAUCAGGUUUAGCUUUGUAAUCAGCAGAGUGUUUCGUUGGACACUUAGACUGAAUUAUCCACUAUGAGGCAGCAGCUGGUGACGCUGCUCGUCUUGAUCGCGCUGCCCGCGCGCGCCGCGUCCGCGCCGGGCGCCGGCGCCGGCGGCGUCGUCGUGGCGCGGGUCACGCACGCCGACGCCGGCCGCGGCCUCGCCAUGCCGGAGAUCGUGCGGCGCAUGGCGCACCGCGCCAGGGCGAGGCGGAGGCUGCUGUCGGCGGCGGAGGCGGCGCCGGUGCGCGCGCGGGUGCGCGCCGGGCUCGGCGCCGGCGGCGGGAUCGUGACGAACGAGUACCUGAUGCACGUGUCCGUGGGCACGCCGCCGCGGCCCGUGGCGCUGACGCUCGACACGGGGAGCGAUCUCGUGUGGACGCAGUGCGCGCCGUGCCUGGACUGCUUCGAGCAGGGCGCCGCCCCGGUGCUGGACCCGGCCGCGUCGUCCACCCACGCCGCGCUCCCCUGCGACGCGCCGCUGUGCCGCGCGCUCCCGUUCACGUCGUGCGGCGGGCGGAGCUGGGGCGACCGGAGCUGCGUCUACGUCUACCACUACGGCGACAGGUCGCUCACCGUCGGCCAGCUCGCCACCGACAGCUUCACCUUCGGCGGCGACGACAAUGCAGGUGGCCUCGCCGCGAGGCGCGUCACGUUCGGCUGCGGCCACAUCAACAAAGGCAUCUUCCAGGCGAACGAGACGGGCAUCGCCGGGUUCGGCCGGGGACGGUGGUCGCUGCCGUCGCAGCUCAACGUCACCAGCUUCUCCUACUGCUUCACCUCCAUGUUCGACACCAAGAGCAGCAGCGUCGUCACGCUCGGCGCGGCGGCGGCCGAGCUCCUCCACACCCACCACGCGGCGCACACCGGCGACGUCAGGACCACCCGCCUCAUCAAGAACCCGUCGCAGCCAUCCCUCUACUUCGUCCCGCUGCGCGGCAUCUCGGUGGGCGGCGCGCGGGUCGCCGUGCCGGAGUCGCGGCUCCGGUCGUCGACGAUCAUCGACUCCGGCGCGUCGAUCACGACGCUGCCGGAGGACGUGUACGAGGCGGUGAAGGCGGAGUUCGUGUCGCAGGUCGGGCUCCCCGCCGCCGCCGCGGGAUCGGCGGCGCUCGACCUGUGCUUCGCUCUGCCCGUGGCGGCGCUCUGGCGGCGCCCCGCCGUGCCGGCGCUGACGCUGCACCUCGACGGCGGCGCCGACUGGGAGCUCCCGCGGGGCAACUACGUGUUCGAGGACUACGCGGCGCGCGUGCUGUGCGUCGUGCUCGACGCGGCGGCCGGCGAGCAGGUGGUCAUCGGCAACUACCAGCAGCAGAACACGCACGUCGUGUACGACCUCGAGAACGACGUGCUCUCCUUCGCGCCGGCUCGCUGCGACAAGCUCGCGGCCUCACUGUAGGCUGUAGUAGUUAGUGUGUACUGUGUAGUUAAUUACUACUAAUAACUUUGUAAGAAAGCAAGUAGGGUGUUUAGUAGUAGUAAUUACUAAUCAGGUGAAAGUGAAACCUGCCCACUGUAAAAGGAUCGGAGGGAGAGUUGAAUCAAGAGGGUCUCACUUUUGGUCGCAA